AUGUCAUUGACCGAAGCUAAAGACAAGACAGGAGAAGGAGUAGCUGAUGAAAUAAUCGAGGCGCUAAAUAAGCACAAAAUGAAUUUAAACGAACUGUGUUUUGAAAGUUACGACUACACAGCUUCCAUGUCCGGACAGUUCAACGGAGUCCAGAAGAAGAUUCAGGAUAAACUCGGAAGAAGAAUUCCUUACAUGCCAUGCUUAGCACACCGUUCAAACACAGUAAUUGAGCACAGUUGCGAACCAAGCGCCGUCAUAAAGGAGCUGUUCAAUGUCCUUGAGGAACUAUACGUAUUUUUUACAAGCAGUACAAAACGUGUAUGGUGUCUUCAAGAGUCUAUCAUUGGCGCAGCCGUAGACAACCCGUUGCAGCUACGAAACCUAUCCAAAACACGGUGGGUAGUUCGAGCCGAGUCUAUAAAGGCAGUAUGGUCUACUUACGAAGCUAUUUUGGAAUCUUUGGCCAUUCUGCAAGAGCGCUCAAAGGAUAUCAAGACAAAAACAGCCGCCUCUGGUUUGUUGACGAAAAUCACCAGAUUUGAUUUCAUGUGUAUAAUGUUUAUGAAAAAUAUUAUGUACAAGACCAAAAGAAUGACGGAGAUCCUUCAAAAGGAAGAUCUUAACAUUAUCGACGCGAUUACCAUUAUGGAGAGCUUGGGAUAUAAAGAGCUUGGAAUACGUGAAUAAUGACAUUGAUGCUAUGAAUGCAGAAAUCCAAGCAGCAGUUAUAUUUGCUGAGCACCUUGGUGUUGAUGCUCAGACUGUUUUCCAACGUCAUCAUCGCCACAGAAAACCACCUGCCAGAAUCGAUGAAAAUCCAUCAAAUGCUGUGUCGCUUAACUUGGAAUCCUUUUACCGGAAAGAAUUCAAAGCAGUGUUGAACACUCAGAUCAGCACUUAUAAAGAGGUCAACAACAAUUCCAAAGAAACAACAAGACCCCUGAUUGACACCCUGCAUCCUGGGAAAGACGUGGCGCCAUUGGAAUCGUUCAAGGACUUGACGGAGUAUUUCCCACGAGACCAAAGACCAGACCCGGAAGCUCUGAUGUCUGAGAUGGAGGUAUUCAGGUCUCACUUGACCGACGACUACCAUACCAACAUUCAAGAUAUUUCAGAUGCGGCCAGAAUAGCAGAAAAACAGAAGUCAGUGUUUCCUUUGGUCAACAAGGCUUACCGCCUAGCUCUUACUGCACCAGUGACAGUGGCUAAGGAUGAAAGAACAUUUAGCAAGCUAAAACUUGUCCAAAACACUCUGCAGAUCAACAAUGAAUGA